AUGAUUUCUUCCGAUAAUGUACAUUCAAAAAUAACCGAAAAUGAGGAAAUAAUUUUUAGCGAUGAUUCUAAAAAGCACGAUGCAUUAUUCAAUAUGCAAAAUGAUCAAUUUCCUUAUUUACCAUUAGAUGUAUUAGAAUUAGAUUGUAGUCUGGGAUAUGUAAUAAAUGCCAUCAACGUGUUUAUGUACUUAAUCGAGCAAACAAAUGCUGUACAAGUAAAUAAAACCCGUUCGUUAAUUUAUUUUAUGGAUAAAAUGAAACAUGUUCCGUAUAUUCAACAUCUUAUCGAUGUAAUUGAAGAUGAAAAUUAUUUGGCUAUUGUUUGGGAGGAUCCUGGUCAGCCGAUGUUUGAAUUGCUCCAGAAUGCUGGGCAUAAUUUGAACUUUCAAGAAAUCUUUUGUCAGAUUUGUUUAGCCCUCGCAAAUCUGCAUGAGAAUAAUUUAGCUCAUAUGUCUUUAAAUUGUGAUACUUUAUGGAUAAAGAAUAACAAUGUGAAGAUCGUAGAUUUCGCUUCAUUAGGUCAUUUUACUACAGCAAAUCUUGUUCACAUUGUGCAGACUUUAAAUCCUAGUUCGUAUGAUAUAUUUACUCCUCCUGAAAUUAUUGAACGACAACCUUGCUGGGGUUGGAGACCCGAUGUUUGGGCUCUAGGUGUUGUUUUCUAUUAUACGAUAGUAGGUCAAUUUCCUUGUGAUGGCGAUUAUGUAAGAUUUCAUCAAGAAAUAAAAAAUGGUUCGUUCUCAUUUCCUGAGGAAAUGGAUCCAAGUGUAUGUGAUUUAUUGUCAUGUAUGUGGGAUCCGGAUCCAACUAAGAAAUUCGAUAUGUGGGAUGUUAUAAAACAUCCGUUUUUGGCUCCUCAAUCGACACCACUAAUCAACACACAACAACAGCAACAGUAUGAUAAAACGAAACAAAAACAUUCGAAAUUAAAAAGUUUAUUAAAAUUUCCAAAAAAAUUUCGUAAAAAUCGACGUGUUAAAAAUUUUGACUCCAAUGUAAAUAUUUUACAUAAUGAUGAUCAAGAUUCGGUAAAAACUUUUAUAAAAAAGAAACCAUUUAAUUUUAUGUUGAAAUUUCGACGUGUCAUGAGAAAACUUACAAAUAUCCGCCAUCCGAAUCAACACCCACUCAAAAGGUUGUAA